ACCACGGGAAAGGAGGUGCAGCGGUUUUUAGGGUGUGCCAAUUACUAUCGGAGGUUUAUCCGGGGUUUUGGGCAGGUAGCUGCUCCCAUUAACUCACUGCUGAAGGGGGGGCCGGUGCGUUUGCAGUGGUCGGCGGAGGCGGACAGAGCUUUUAGUCAUCUGAAGGCAUUGUUUACCGACGCUCCCGUAUUGGAGCAUCCGGACCCCUGUUUCCCAUUCAUAGUGGAGGUGGACUCGUCCGAGACUGGUGUUGGAGCCGUGCUAUCACAGUGCUCGGGCACGCCCCCGAAGCUUUGCCCCUGUGCUUUCUUUUCGAGGAAGCUCAGUCCGGCGGAGCGAAACUAUGAUGUGGGGGAUCGGGAGUUGCUGGCUGUGGUAAAAGCUCUGAAGGUAUGGAGACAUUGGCUUGAGGGGGUGAAACACUCUUUUCUCAUCUGGACUGACCACCGUAAUCUGGAGUACAUCUGGGCGGCGAUGAGACUGAAUCCUCGUCAGGCAAGGCCGGUGGUAGCUGGUCCACUACAGGAUGUUGAGGUGCGUGAGGUACCUCCGCCCCCCGUGGACAUCAAUGGGGGUCCGGCGUACACUGUACGGUCCGUCCUGGACUCUAGACGUCGGGUGGGGGGCCUGCAGUACCUCGUGGAUUGGGAGGGGUACGGUCCAGAGGAGAGGUGCUGGGUGCCGGUGGAGGACAUCUUGGACCCAUCUCUGCCAUGUGAGUUCCACCGCCUCCAUCCUGAUCGCCCUGCGCCUCGCCCUCCGGGUCGUCCUCGAGGCCGGCGUCGGCACGCUGCGGGAGCCGCGCGUCAGGAGUGGGGUACAGUCAUGACUUCCACCGAAGGUGGCUCCUCUCCCUGUUCGGGCGGCACUCGGCGGUCGUGGUCGCCGGUCUACUAGCUGCCACCGAUCCCUUUUCCUUUUCUUUUGGUUAUGUCUGUUUUGUGUAUCACCUGGUUUCACUUUGGUUAAUUAGGGGGGGUAUUGAAUUCGACAUUUCCUUUAGGGUUUUGUGCGGGAUUUCUUUCGUUGAACUGUCAUUGAGUUUGGGGUUUCGUUUUAUUUGCUCAUGUUCUACAGGGGUUUUUUCCCUGGACUAUGUUUGAGUGGGGAUUUUCAUUGCGAUUACUGUAGCCCGGAGUCCUGUUGUUUUCUUGAGCAAGUUAAAUAAAACACACUUUCCUUGGUACUUGUUUAUCCAUCGCCUUACUCUACACCCACAUCUCCUUGGGGAGAUCUGACAGCUAGAGUAUUUCAAAAAUAGUUAUAAUGUUUUUUUAUUUUAUUUUAUGAACAUUCAGUUGGUGUAGGCCUUAAAAUCCCCAUUUAAUCUAGAAUUGUAUGCUUUGCUCUUUGUAAUAUCAUGUUUAACGCUUGAGUCCAUUCAGAUUUUAGACCAUAACUGUUGUAGAACUGUUUGCAUGAAAUGGGUAAACCAAGCAUGCAGCAAAUCCAACACGUUCCCCAGUGCAGGACCCUCUUUCUUUUUUUGGAGGUCCGUCUGGUGGAGCACAACAUAAAGGUGCCUGAGGACACGGAGCAGCACAUGUCUGCCCGGUUCAUCCGCCACCCAGACUACAACUCCGGUACCCAGGAUAGUGACAUCACGCUGAUAAAGCUAAGCCCGCCUGCCACCCUCAACAGCUAUGUGAGCCUUGUGGCCCUCCUCACUUAUUGUGUCAAUGUCAGAACCAUGUGCCAGGUCUCUGGCUGGGGGAGCCUUCGCGCCAGCAACGAAGGCUUGAGAUACCAUGACACACUGCAGUGUGUGGAGGUCCCCCUCCUGACUGAUAACACCUGCCUGGAAGCCUGUUUCUUCCAGAUGACUGAGAACAUGAUCUGUGCUGGCUUCAUGGAGGGAGGCAAGGACUCAUGCCAGGGUCACUCUGGUGGCCCUCUGGUGUGUGAUGGGGAGCUGCAGGGUGUUGUGUCCUGGGGUCAUGGCUGUGCUCUCAGGAAGAAGCCUGGCGUCUACACAGAAGUCUGCAACUACGUGUCAUGGAUCCAAAACACCAUGACAUCUGGCUAAGUAGCAAAGGCUGGUCCUGAUGUCAUGGAAUUAACCAUUUGAACUGACAAUAUCAAAUAAAGUGUGUCUGUUUGUUGAA